AUGUCCAAAAUGGCGUCUCCAAUGGAAGGUUGGGGCUUGUUGAAGCAAGGCGCAGAGGCACGUGUCUACAGAACGAAGUUUUACACCAAGAAGACUAUAGUGAAGGAAAGGUUUUCAAAAUGUUACAGGCACCCCUCUCUAGACGAAAAGCUCACCCAUCGAAGGACUACGCAAGAAGUACGAUCAAUGCUUCGUUGCAGGAAAGCAGGAAUCUGCACUCCAGCCGUUUAUUAUGUUGAUUACACUACUCAUUGUAUCUACAUGGAAGAAAUCGAAAAUUGCGUGACAGCCAGAGAUCACAUCAACGAGCUUCUGGAUGGCCCUUCUGAUGCAUCUGAGCAAAGUUUACAAAGUCUUGCGGAAAAAAUUGGUUCUACAUUGGCGGUAAUGCACAACGUGGACUGUAUUCAUGGAGAUUUGACCACUUCAAACGUCUUGAUAAAGUCAGGGUUUGAAAAUAUCAUUCUGAUUGACUUCGGACUGAGCUUUAUAUCAUCACUGACAGAAGACAAAGGCGUUGAUCUUUACGUUUUGGAGAGGGCUUUCCUCAGCACUCAUCCAAACACUGAGCAGCUGUUCAAGAUUGUUUUGGAAAGUUACAAGGGGAAAGCAAACAAGGCUGGAGAGAUAAUAAAGAAACUGGAUGAAGUGAGGUUGCGUGGACGAAAGAGGACAAUGGUGGGGUGAACUAUGCUUCUAUAGUUUCAGGCUUAUUACCAAAGUUCGGAAAAAAUACAAAACUUUGGUCAAAGUACAUCUCAUUACUAUAUGGCUCUUUUUGUUGGAACUGAAAGUGACACCAGUAUGAAAACUGUAGGAUUCUUAGUGUAACCCUUUCACCACCAGAAGUGACCAAAUGAAUAAUAAACGCCAUCACAAGCCAGUGUCAAAGACAUAAAUCUUGUCUGCUGUGACUCAAGUUCAUUUCAUUAGUUUUCCCCUUUUUUACAUUUAUUUAACUGUGCUUCCUUCAUACAUCACAUCCAAAGUUUUCACAAAAUCACCUUCAAAGCUUUCUCUUGUGAGGUAAAAUAUUCUACCAAAGGUCUCUUCAAUGAGAUCACUAACAGUAAUUAUUAAUUUAGUCCUUUUUUAAUCUAAAUUAAAAUCACAGUCUUGAAUGCAUUCCACCAGCAAUAACUAAAGUUUCUCCAGUGAUAUACGAUGCUUGAUCAGAGGAUAGAAAAGAUACUGCACCUCCUAUAUCCUCUGACUCACCAAGCCUGAAAGCAACAAACAGAUACAACAUAUCUCACUUACAGAACUGGGACAAUUUUUCAAAUUGUUGUUUACAACAUUAUAAUCAUUCUGUAUACAUCCUUUCACUUAAGAGUGAUCAAUAAGUGAUUUCUCCAGCACUGAUAUCACCACAAUAUCAAACAGAAAGGUGAUGAGAAGAUAGAGUAUUAUCAACAUGUGGAUAUUGUUUACCAAAUUAUCAGAGCUACAAUUAUAAUAAAUGUAAAGACAGAAGAGAGAAUGAACCCUUUGACCCCUGAGAGUGAUUAGUAUCUAAUUUCUCCUUACAAUAUCACCACUGAAUUGCUCAUGAUGGUCAUGAGAAUAAAGGACAUGAUCAGUAACUAAAGAAGCUCUUGAUUGUUAGACAAAUUCUCCUUGACAGUGCCUUGGGAAAUGCAUAGGGAACAGUAUGGAGAAGGUGCAUACUGAUGUUAGAGUGUAAAGGGUUAAUAAAGAGAUCCUGGGA